UAUAGAUUUUAGAUAUUUAUUCCGUUCAAAAAACCGUCUGUAAUUUAUACUUAAUGAGUACCUAUUUAAUUAAUAUUUGUCUAUAUUCUAGAAUCUUAAUGUUCUGCGAUUCAAUACGUAACGUUUCGAGCUGUAAAAUUAUUACACUAAAUGUAAUUAAAAAUUCGAUUUUGUAAUGUAUAUCUAUUACACGUGAUAUUAUAAAAAUCGAUUCCUACUGAAUAGCAGUUAUUUUAAAAUGGCUCCGGUAAUAUUUGAUAUCGAAAGGGUGUGUCGUUUAUGUAUUCGUGAAGAUGACGGGCAAAGUAAAAUGACAUCAAUAUUUGAACAACCAGAUCUUGAAGAUAUUAUUAAAAAUUGUGUACAAAUCGAGGUGAGGCUUGAUGGUUGUAUUAUAUAUCAUUUUAAAAUGAUUAGGAUUUUGUUCUUAUGGAUGUUUAUUAUAAUUUUAUAAAAUAAUUAUAACUUAACCACGUUCGUACAAUGUUCAGUUAGCACUAAGCGACAAUUAAAUUGGCCAUCAAUAUUCUGUCUGUUGUGACAACACUACUUAAAUCGAUUAAAUUCAAGGAACGAAUGCAGGUUAUUUCCUAACUGAUAUUUUUGUUUUUGCAUGCUUAAUUUGAUGUUAUUUUCAAAAAAAGUUGCCCAAAUUUCAUGUGAAAUUUAUGGUCAAAAAAAUUCAAAAUGCUCGAUUUUUCUAAAAAUCGUGCUAACUUACCUACUUACUUAUUUUGUUAUUGUUAAUAAAUCGCGUAAAACCUAAUUAUAAUGUUAUUUCAAUCAUUUGCAUACUAAAGUAACUCAAAAUUGAAUUUUUGACUUUUUUGUUUUUCAUUUGGUGUGCAAUAACAUAAAUAAGUUUUUGGUGAAAUCAGAAUUAACUAAUAUUUUUUGGUUUGUAAGAAAUAAUGGAAAAAUGUAUCUUUUCUUAUGGAUAUAUUAACACCACAUUUUACCUUUGAAAAAAUAUACUUUAUUUAAUACUAUUUUUUUUUUUUUUUACUUAGGCCAAAAUAAUUUUUUAAAAAAUCACCUGAUGAGAGGAGCUGAAGGGCAUGGUAAAAUUAAUUCAAUGAUUAUAACGUUAAAUUAUUGUUACAAAUAACAAAAUAUUUAAUAAAGUUUUAAAAUUUUCUUUUUUCCAAUGCUAGUUCUUAAAAUAAUCUAAAUAUAUACAUACAUACUCCUUUAGUUCCAGGUAGAAAGGUCUUAUGUCAAUUUUAUCAACUUUUCAAGGCAGCCGUUUGAAAGUUUUAAAAUUCCUACAUGUUUUAGUAUUAAAAUCAUUUAAGUAUAUUAAUCCAAUUUUAAGUACAUUAAUGACUUAAAAUUCUUGAAUUUAUAAUUAUUUAUAGACUUAACUGUAGUUACGCCAUUUGGAUUUCACUUUUUCUGACUUAUUUUUUUUUUCAACAUACCUAAUUCUUUUUGAUUAAAUAAAUUAUGACAUGUGAUUUUUAUCAAAACUUAGAAAAUAAUUACCUUUCCUAAAAAUGAAUUCAUUAUAAUAUCUAGUAGGUGUUUAAUAACAAAUUAAUGUUUCCUGUAGAAUAAUUUACUCAAUAGUACAUCAUAUAUUUUGAUAGCAUAAUUAAAGUUUAUAAAAAUCAAUAAUAAGAAAAUGUAAAAUAGAUUAUAACCUUUGUUACAUAAAAAUUAAUUAAAAGUUUUCCUUUUAGUUUUAUUUACCAAUGAAAACAAAAUUAUAUUUAAAAGGAUUCACUGAGAUCUGGGUCAUAUGAUAGGCCUUCAUUUUGAUUGCUUGUUAAAUUUUUGUAGAAAUCAUAAUAAAUAUCAGGUAUUAGGGGAACAUCUAUUAUGACUUUUUUCUUUUUUUUCGAUAUGGCUCAUCAUAUUAUGCUUGUUCUAAUAGUAUAAAUUCUAAAUUUCUUCUUCCCCUUAAAUUUAAUAUUUUGAAUGGUUCAUCUUCACUCAGACUUAGUUUAUACAGUGUGCCGGUUAGUGCUAACUGAACAUUGUACGAACGUGGUUAAGUAAGUUAUAAUUAUUUUGUGAGCUUAAAAAAAUUACAAAAAAUUGCUUAGAAGCUUUUAUACCAAAUUCAUUAAUAAUAAAUCAUAAAUAUUGUAUACUAUAUGCUACAGCUAAUAAACGAUUUUGUAUAUCUCUUUUCUCACUUAAAUAUUUUUCACUUAAUAUAUGUUAAAAUAAUAUUAUUAUUUAAAAAUAAUAUAUUUAGCCCCCUAACCAAAAAAAAAGGGUGUGUCUUUGGAAUAAAUAGCCGUAUGACAGAAAUUAUUUAAUAGGGGAUCAGAAGUCUGCAAUUAGCCUCCAAUAUUUGUAAUUUUUAAGUAAAAUAAAUUUUACCUUGUAGAUUUUCAUUGUGUUGUUUUUUGCUGAUUACUAUAAGAAUCAGAUUUGGUUUAUUAUAUAAAAAUUAAAAGUGGCGGUACUUAUAAUUAUUUUACGGGUUUACAAUAGAAAAGUAUCUAAUCUUAUUGUUCUUAGAUUUCAUUAGGAAGUGACGAGCCAACCAAUAUAUGUCCUAGUUGCAUGUUGAGUUUGGAUUCUUGGAGUAAAUUCAAAAUGUUGUGUGACACUACCAAUGAAUUUCUACAGAAUUACCUACAAGAUAACAAUGAGUCUGAUCUAGUGGUAAUAUUAUAAUAACUAUUACUUUACAUGAAAAAUUGUAUUAUUAUUAACACUAUUCUAUAUUCAUGUACAUUGUGAUUUUCAGUUGAAUUCUGAAAUGACAAAUUUAGGAACAUUGGGUUUCACACCAUCUCAAAUGUCUGACUUCAGUGUCAAUUUUUUGGAAAGUGAUACUUUAUGGAACAAUAUCACAACAAUGUCACAACAAUCAAAUGAAGUCGAUCCCACAUAUACAGAAUCACCUAUUCCCAGAUGUACAAAAAAACUCCAACCACCUAAAGAUCUAAUUAUUGACACUACAUCUAGCGAAGAAUGUAUGGAUACAGCAUUCAGUGUAUUAAGAAAAAAAGAUGAUAGUUGUUCCAUUACUAAACCUUAUAGUUGGAAUCCUAAAGCCAUUUCUAUGAAGGCAAUAGAAAAAGAAAAACUUGAUUUAAAAAAAGGGCCUUCAAGAUCACUGUAUUAUUAUAAAAAGUAUUUUCGCAAAACGUUUGUAUGUACUGUGUGUUCAGAAACAUUUACAAAAUUCAAUGAUCUUAUUUUACACGAGUCUACAGUACAUAGUGACAUUCCUAAGAAGUUCAAUUGUAAAACAUGUGGAAAAUUAUUUGUGUCUCAAGAAAAUCUUGAUAUACAUGAAAUAGUACACAGGGAGAAAUUGUUUCAAUGUAAAUUAUGUGAAAAGAAGUUCACUAACAAAAAAACUCUUGGCAGUCAUAUGAAUAUUCAUAUUGGAUUAUACACUUGUCAGAAAUGUGAUUAUAAAGCGCCCACUUUAUACAACUUAAACAUGCAUGCAAUGAUUCAUUCAUCAGUUAAAGAUCAUUGUUGUAAGGAUUGUAACAAAACAUUUGCAACACUAUCAUCAUUGCGUCGACAUGAUCGUCUUGUUCAUAAAAAGUUGUUUGUCUUUCAAUGUGAUUUAUGUGAUUUUUCUACGAUCCAACCAUCAAAUUUCAAGUAUGUAUUUUUUUUGUAUGCAAUAUUAAUAGUAUUAUUUUUAUCAUUUUCUAUUUAUAGGUACCACAAAUCAACCCAUACUCCACAAUCAAUUGUCUGUGAUUAUUGUGGUUCUUGUUUUAAAAAUCAAGGUCUGUUCGAAAAACAUUUAAAUAGACACAAGGAUGCACAGUUCAGUUGCACUCACUGUGACAAACACUUCAAAAGAAAGUCAAUUCUUAAAGAACAUUUGAGUAGGAUACAUGGAUUAGGCCCUAAUUAUAACAAGUACAAGUGUGAUGUAUGUGAACAAAAUUUUUCAAAGGACAAACAUUUGCGUAAACAUAAGGCUAACUGUUCUUCAAACCCAAUAAUAGUAUAAUAUCUGUGGAUACAAAUUUCAAAAAUUAAUGUGGUUGUGAUUUUUUAAAUAUAUAUUUAUUGUUUUAAAUAAAAUUACCAAAACAGUUGAAAAUAUUUUAAAUGUGCACAGAUUAUUUAUUAUAGCAGUUGUUUUCAACCUUUUUGGGUCCACAGCUUUUCUGAUUUUGAAAUACGAAUUAGUGGCUCCCUUAUGAAUAAUAAUAAUAAAAAUUAAAAUAGGUGAAUAAAGUACCUACUUUACUAUAUUUACUAUAGAUGCGAUUCCCUUGAUAGUAAACCACAACAUCCCUGGGAGCCGUGACACAGGUUAACAACCACUUUAUUAUAGUAUUUUUUGUGGUAUAAAAUGUCCAAACGUUUUAAUUAAUAUGGUCAUCAUUGGCAAAUUCUAAAUUAAUUCUUAUUGUAUAUAAUGUCCAUGGCAGUUAGGUAUAUGGUUUUACAUGGUUUUUAUGCAUUGAAUACUUUCUACUAACUUUUUUUCUAUAAUCACCAUUUCUAAAAUGUCAUA